GCACGCAAGCCCAAGCACGACAAGAAGAAGGAAGCCGAGAAGAAGACCAAGUCGCUCGCUUCUUUCAAGAGGCGGCACGUGCUGAAGAAGUCCAAGGCCAAGAGGAAGCAAGCCAAGCUUGCCGAAAGGGACGCGGGUAUCUACGGAGAUUACAAUUUGCGUGAGUUGCAAAUUCCAAAGGCUGCGUGGCCUCAGACCGAUCGCAAAAACAAAGGCAAACACAGUUUCACUCUCAAGUCGGCCGUCGGCCCAGCCACCAUCGAAGUGUUGGUGAGAACGGGAGCGUUCUUUUUGAAGCGCAUCAAUGAGGGUGCGAGCGGCCCCACGGGGCAGAUCAAUUUCAAGAGGUUCGGCUCGGUUGCAGAAGCAUGGGCCGCUGCGAAGCAAUG